AUGUCGAUAUCUCACCCCUCCGUUGAAGAUGUGGAGAAAGGAGCUGUUGCGGACUAUGCACAUCUGACAAACACGUCGGUUCACAGCUUUAGUUGGGAGAAUGUUACUGUGACCGUCAAGGAUCGAAAGACAAAGCAGCCACUCGAGAUUCUCUCAAGCAUCAACGGCAUUGUAGAAGCUGGUGAGAUGCUGGCCCUGAUGGGACCAAGUGGAUCUGGGAAGACAACCCUACUCAACGUCCUUGCACAUCGAGCUGCAACAACAAACGCAACUAUUCAGCAGACGCUUGCUAUCAACGGUGCACCUACAUCCCUUGCUUCAUUUCGGAAGCUCAGCUCCUAUGUCGAGCAGGAAGAUGCACUUGUUGGCUCGCUCACCGUUCGAGAGACAAUGUAUUUUGCGGCACAACUUGCGUUACCUAGCUCGGUCAGCAAGUCAGAACGUAAAGCCCGCAUUGAGGGUCUGCUUUCGUCAUUUGGGCUACGUGACCAGGCAGACACCAUAAUUGGCACACCCAUCCGUAAAGGUGUUUCUGGUGGACAAAAGCGAAGGGUCAGUGUCGCGGCGCAGCUCAUGACUAUUCCGAGAAUUCUUUUCUUGGACGAGCCAACUAGUGGACUAGACUCGGCAGCAAGUUGGGAAGUCAUGAGCUUCGUGAAAGAACUUGCCAAGAGACACAAGAUUCUUGUUGUUGCUUCCAUUCACCAACCGUCUACGACAACUUUUGAUCUCUUCGACAAGCUAAUGCUGCUGUCGAAGGGGAAGGCGGUCUACAAUGGCCCAAUUCUCCAGAUCAGAGAGUACUUUGCAGGGCUGGGAUAUGAGAUGCCAAUGUACAUGAACCCGGCGGAGUACGUGAUUCAGCUCGUCAACACUGAUUUCACACACGACCACAACAAAUCAGCUCAACAACUCUCCCACCUCCACACAUCCUGGUCGCACUCACCAAACGCCACACUCAUCAAUCAUUCGAUCCAAAGUAAAUCCACUUCCACACCAUUGUCAGUCCUUUCAACCGAACACUCCUCAGCAAAUCCUUUCCUCAUCCCCGUAACUUUGAUCCACCGCUCGUUCAUCAAAUCAUACCGCGAUAUUAUCGCCUACGGCAUCCGCGUAGCCAUGUACUUCGGCCUCGCUAUCAUGAUGGGCACGGUCUGGCUACGACUGUCCCCGACACAAGCCAACAUCCAAGCCUUCACCAACGCCAUUUUCUUCGGCGGCGCAUUCAUGUCCUUCAUGGCCGUCGCCGCAAUUCCCUCUAUACUGCAGGAUAUUGCACUUUUCCGAAAGGAGCGCGCAGAUGGACUUUACGGCCCCACAGCCUUCGUGGUGGCCAACUUUGUCGUCGGAACCCCGUAUCUGUUCCUGAUCGCGGUACUGUUCAGUGUCGUAGCGUACUGGCUCGGCAACUUUGCACCUACAGGAACGGCGUUUUUCACGUGGGUGAUGUGGCUGUUUCUCGACCUACUCGCGGCAGAGUCACUUGUUGUGUUGCUGAGCUCCUUGAUACCCAUCUUCGUCGUUGCGCUUGCGGCGACGGCGUUCGCAAAUGGCUUGUGGAUGUGCGUCGGCGGGUUCAUGGUGCAGCCCGGGGCUCUCAACGUCUUCUGGCGCUACGUAUUUCACUACAUUGACUACCAGGCGUAUGUGUUUAGGGGCAUGAUGGUGAACGAGUUUGGGAACAGGAACUACAGCUGCGAGCGCACGCAGGACGGGGGGUGUUUCUGCAUGUAUCCAAGCGCAUUGCAGGACCAGUGUCUGAUAGAAGGUAAGGCGGUGCUGCAGAGCUACGGAUACGGGACUGAAAACGUAGGGCGGUACGUGGGGUACAUGGUCAUCAUCACCUUCGUCUACAGAGUCUUGGGAUGGUUUGUGCUCUGGAUCAAGAAGGACUGA